CACCAUUUCCUUCGUAGUGCUGCUUGACACACACGGGGACAUAACUGCUAAAUAAAUUGAUCGCCACACGCCACGAAUGUUACAUUCGAUAACGAACCGCUGACUCGAUGACAAUGUAUCGAGCAGGAAAAAUGCUGGCUGGCCGGAGGAGUCCCCAUGGCAUAGUUGGUGCCCAACAUGUCGUCUUACACCAAGUUACAUGACACUGACACAUGUCAAAUGUUUUUUUUGUUAUUCGCAGAUGUGACCGAUGAAAUGGAGUACGGUGAGAAACUGGCAAACUUCCGCCAAACACGCCUCAAUCCUUUCGAUCGCGGUGAGGAAGAGGAUGGCGGUCUCCAAAAGAGCAGGACGCCCACACUGCAGGAAACGCGACAGGAGCUAUAUUCUGGGACCAGAAUCCAAAAUUCAGACGUAACCAUGGACCUUGGAUUAGCUGAGGACCACUUUUCAAGACCAGUGGGUUCUUUUGUGGCCUCUGACAUAGAGCAGCUGAAACAGGCCAUUGAGGAGUGCAAGAAACUGAUUUUGGAGCUGCCAGAACACUCGGAAAGACAAAAGGACGCGGUGGUGAAACUGAUCCAUCUUCGACUCAAACUGCAGGAGCUGAAUGACCCAGAUGAAGAUGAGCCAAACCUGAGAAUUGUUCUUGAGCACCGAUUCUCCAAGGAGAAGAGCAAGAGCGUAAAACAAACAUGUGAUAAAUGUAGCGCCAUCAUCUGGGGCCUCAUACAAACAUGGUACACCUGUACAGGUUGCUAUUAUCGCUGCCAUAGCAAAUGUAUGAACCUGAUCACUAAGCCUUGUGUGAGGUCAAAGGUCAGCCAUCAGUCUGAAUAUGAGUUAAGCAUCUGUCCUGAGGUCGGCCUUGAUCGGCAAGACUACCGUUGCGCAGAAUGUCGUGCACCCAUUUCACUGAGAGGUGUGCCGAGUGAGGCCAGACAGUGUGACUACACAGGCCAGUAUUAUUGCAGCACAUGUCACUGGAAUGACACAGCCAUCAUCCCAGCACGAGUCAUCCACAACUGGGAGUUUGAACCUCACAAGGUUUGUCGUUCCUCACUGCGCUAUCUGGCCCUGAUGAUGUCACGGCCUGUUCUGAAGCUGAAAGAAAUCAACCCACUUCUCUUUAACUUUGUAGAAGAACUGGUUGAGAUCAGAAAACUUCGCCAAGAUAUUUUACUGAUGAAACCUUACUUUAUUACCUGCAAGGAGGCUAUGGAAGCUCGGCUACUACUCCAGAAUGUGCUGUUUUGUGGGCGGUCUUAUUUAUGUGUCUCAAGGCCACGCCCCCUGCGUCAUCACCACGUGAGCCAUGUUCUUCAGGACCGCCAGCACUUUGUAGAGAAUGAUGACAUGUACUCACUACAGGAUUUGAUUGACAUCUCCAGCGGUAGACUCAGCUGUUCCCUCACAGAAGUUCACACCACAUUCGCAAAACACAUCAAGUUGGACUGUGAUCGCUGCCAAGCCAAAGGAUUUGUGUGUGAGUUGUGUAAGGAAGGUGAUAUCCUCUUCCCCUUUGACAGUCACACGUCAGUUUGCCAUGACUGCGCCGCCGUCUUUCACAGAGAUUGUUAUUAUGACAACUCAACAACGUGUCCACGAUGUGCCCGGAUGACGGAGCGCAGGCAAGAUGAAGACACUAAAGAUGCAUAAAGUGAAGGACCCUGUUAAGGAACUUCGUGUCUACAGUACAUGAUGAAAGAAAUACAAUCUGGUAUUACAAUGUAAAUAUGACAAUGUUACAUAUUAAAUGAUAUCCCGUCUACUUAACAGUAAACAAAAUGUAUGUAUUUUUGACAUUCAAAAUUUCAGAGUUGUUUGUCAUAUACCCAUCACUUGUCAGUCCAGAACUUAAAUAUUAUCCAUAUACAGUAUUACAGCAGGUGUAUUUAAAACAUAUCUAUACUUGUUCUUGUAAGGAUACAUAUGUGAACUGUUAUGUUUCAUUCAAAACAUUGAAUUCAUUCCAGAGUGUUAUCUAUCUGUGUGUACUAAGCCCAGUUGAUGUGAACACUCAUGCAGUGUGUGCCCAAGAUUGUCAGGUUACAUAAAGCUGUUAACCAAAUGUCGUAAUACACUGGGCAACAUGUUAAUGGUUUCUACCAUAAUUUACUGAAAGGCAGUGGUGUGCCGUGAGGGCCAGCAAGGCCUUCUCUGCUGGCAUAACAUAAAUCAUGAUCAGAAAUUAAUAAAGUUUAUUAAAAUUGUUAUUUAUUUUUCAUGAAUAUAUAAAAGUGUCAUAUUAAGAUCCAGUAUUACUUGUUUUUUUACUUUAGAGCGUUCAUCCAAUCAGAAUUCAGCUUGUUGCCAAGCACUGUAUGAAUUCUGCCACAGGGCUUUUUAAUCUAUAUUAGCGGCGGCUGUGCAGCGUAAACAAACGGAGGACAUUUCAGUUGAUAUAAAGGCUGCGGUAGCCAAUCAGAUCACGAGUUGUUUACAGUAGCCAAUCUAGGUAGCCUUAAGUUAAACGUGACUAUAAUUAGAUACUCACUUGUCACUUCCAAUUGAGUAUACCAUCACAAGUUGUUAUUUACGUAAACAGGAAGUGGUACCACAGCCUAGCAGAUAAAUCACCGGUACUCACUUUUUUAACCCACAAGAAAGCAGAGCAAAACGUUGAUUGAGCGGCAGAUAUAUAUUUGCAAGGCCAUUUUUCAACAAGGAUAUUUAAAGAGAAACUAGAUCUUGUGAGACGAUGUCGGCCAAUAACAGAAGCUUUCAGCGGUGAAAUUGUUUGCCCGCCACUUCCACUCGAAUCUACCAACUACGAGUGGUACUACUGGUUCAUAUGAUGUUGGAUGGGUGUUGAAAAAUGUUCACGUUUAAUGUUUUUUACAAUUAUUAGAAUUUUGACAGUACCACGUAAGAAUAUGUUUUAAUUACUGAUGCGAGUUUAUGGAUUUUUAAAUGCGCCUAAAAAUAUCCCAUUUUGUACAAUGGUGAGGUGAUUCAAUACGCAGUAGUGCACACGUGUGUUUCUGUAUAGUAUUUCUCCAGCCAUGUUCAUAUGGUGACAUAAAUUAUGAUAUUUUGAGAGCUAUUUAUUAAAGUCGGACUAAGCAGGACAUUUGUGAAGGCCUAGGUGGGAGUCGCACGGCCUGCCACUGCUGAAAGCACAUUUUAUCACAAAAUAUGUUAAAAUGCACUUUUGAAAAAGCGUAAAUAUUGACCUAAAAUAUUUGUUUUAAAAUAAAUACCCUUUAGCUGUGUUAUCUUUCAGCAUGGUGCAUUGUUGAUUUCAUCUCAGAGUAAUGUACAUAUUUGAUGUCAGUGAAUCUUAUUCUGCUGUAAAAAAAAAAGAAAGAAAAGAAGACUGAUGCAUGAAUAAAGUAUUGAUAAACUUGAA